CUGGCAAGAAUGCUAAAAUAUGAAGAAAUUCCUGGUGAGGAUGGAGUUGAGAUUGAAAAAAUGGACAACAAUAAUGAGCUGACGUGCAUCGUUUGUGGUGAUCAAGCAACCGGUAAACACUAUGGUACAAUUGCAUGCAACGGCUGCAAAGGUACAUCAGUUCAUGCUUCUUCAUUCACUUUCCUCUCUUACCAUACAGAGAACAAUAAUCGAGCCGUAUGUCGUGCGUGUCGUUUCAUGAAAUGCCUUAAAGCUGGCAUGAAAAUAGAUGCUGUCCAAAAUGAACGUGAUGUGAUCGGUAAACGCCAUCGAACACCGUCAGCAUCAAGUACAGCCACUGGAUCUUCUGCGUUUAUUUCCAUAUCUACGCCCAAAGUUGGAGGAAUCCGGCGACCAUCUUUAACGCGACCCCUAUCUGGUCAUUACUCGCCGCCAUCCACAUCAUCAUCGCCUGUUUCCGGAUGGGACACACCAAAAUCUUUAUUGGAAAGUCUACUGCGAUCUGAGGAAAAUAUACAGAGUUUACGUGAGGCAGUUAUCAGGCAAACCGGUCUUGUCGAUUACAGUGUCAAGAAAGAACCCUCAGUAAGUUGUACUCAUUUGAAACUCUGCCUUGAAGAUGCUUCAAUUCAGAAGGCAUCCGUCCUUUCGGAAUGCGGAUCGGAUCGUAAGUUUCACUGA